GCUCCACUCGGCUCUCGGUCCAUGCCCAUCGCCUCCUCUCCUUCCCAUUACUCACGCCGCGACGCCGACACCAGCUCAGCUCGCGCUCGCCCGGCCGCUUCCGCCUCCUCCUCCUCUGCCGCUCUACACCCACCAUGUCAUACGGCCACGCCUCGCGGCACCGCGGCGGGGGCAUGCCCGCCACGACGGUGCUCGCGGCGAAGGUGGCCCUGGCGUCCGCGGUGCUGGCCGCGGCCGCGUCCCUGGCGCGCCUCGCCGUCCCGCGCCUCGUGUCCGUGGCCGGCGCCGUGCUGCCGCGCGCCUGGGCCGUCGCGCGCCUCUGGCUCGUCCCGCCCUACCUCUUCGUCACCGUGCACCUCAUCAUCCUCGUCAUCUGGAAGCUCUCCGACCACAGGCACUUCCAGCACGCCGCCCAGCAGCACAAGGACCCCUGGCCGGUGGUCGCGCAGGACACUGCGCCGGCAGCCGCUGUCCACGGCCACGACGCCGUGCUGAUGGCCUCCACCGCCGCGCCGACCGUCAAGGCCAAGGAGGAGGAGUACGGCGAGCCCCUGGAGGCCGAGUUCUCGCCGGACUCCGGCGGCGGCGAGUCCUGCGUCACCACCGAGUCGGACGAGGACGCCUCUUCUUCCCCUUCCCCGUCGUCCUACUUCGCGGACGUGCGGCGUAGCCUGGCGCCUGCGCAGGAGCGCGCCGUCCACCUGGAGCGGGAGCCCUCGCUGCCGUCGCAGGCCGUGGACGCCGACGGCGACGACGAUCUGGAUGCCACGUGGAACGCCAUCAUGCAGAAGACGCGCCCGGCUGCUCCCCCUCCCGCACAGCAAUCACCGCCGCAGCAGCGGCCGCCGCGGACGCCGAGGGCCCGGGACCCGUCGGUUGGCGCGGAGGAGAUGAACCGGCGGUUCGACGACUUCAUCAAGAAGAACCGCAACUCCUUCGGCCGACAAUAGGCGACCUCCCCACCCGAUCCAGCUUCCACCGCCGCCGCCGUACGAUAUACGUAUAUAGUAGAAGACACAUGCAUCUUUGGUUUUUCCGCCGAAGAGAUCGCCGGAGCGGAGGGAGGCGGGGUCUUUCGAAUCGCCAUGCUUAGGGACUUGCAGGCUGCGAAGGUUCUGGAUGGAUUAUUGGAUGGUGGUGAUGUGGAGAGUAGCUAGAUGACCUUAAUGCGCUGAAAUGAUGGUUUGAGUUGGUACCUGGCUGUUAGGUUCUCCUUUUCAGUUGUUGCCCUUGCUCGCCUGGCAUUUCUUCUAGCUUUCCACUUUCUUUUUCUUUCUGCUACAGCUCUUUUACUGAUUAUAUAACAGUGCUAAUUGUCCAAGUUCAUAUUUAUAUAUAUAAAUAUAUGGUGCUAAUACUGGUGAA